CUUUGUUUUAAUGGAAAACAACAAUGCCUUUAUAAAAUAUGCGGUUGCUUCGCAUAAAGUUGAAUUAAAUGCUCACAGUGAUGUUAUUCGAGCUAGCGGCAAACCAAGGAGUGAACUACAAAUCGAACCAGGCACAUUAAUAAAAAUUGUCCGGUCUUGUGAAAAUUUCAAAAUUGUACAGGUUUUAGAUUAUCUACGACAUGAUUUCACCUGCGAAAAUCUUUAUGAGUGCGCUGAAAACAAAUUGAUCGAGGUUUCGGAAGAUGUGUGGCCUUAUGUUAUUAGUAUAGAGCACAGCCUACGCCGUCUGCUUUUUGUUAGUAAUAAGAAUCAAUGUCGUUGGAUUGUUAAUUUAAAGCCCAAUGACUUGUUAAGUGUUAAAGGAGAGCAGUUCGGCAAGGAGGGAGUUUAUUUUGAUUGUAUUGUUCGCUAUAUAGGCCCGGUUCAGGAACUACAUGCUGUUGGAUAUUUUUUUGGCUUGGAGCUAUUGCAUUUGGAUAAUGGGAAGUCACCACAAUCCAACCACAUUGAGUUUUCUCAUAAAUAUAUGCAAUGUGACCCAUAUUUGUCAAUAAUUACUACAGCGGACUGGAUAACUCCUAUUUCGAAUGAAUCAAAUAAAAAAUUAACGGCCAGAGAACGGAUUAAUGAAACUAUUGAAAAGGUGCGUACGGCAAUUGUAACACCCAAUAGUAAUUCGUAUAUGAACAGGACAAAAAAAUCGAAAACACCGCAAGCCAAUUCUAAGUUUUACGAUUAUCUGCCAAAAGGGACCGAUUUGCCUGUAGGUGGAGCACCGUUGCAUGGAGAAAACUCUAUAAGUCCCCGUUACAAUCAAGAUCAUUCCAAAGCAACUAUUAACAACAAUGAGUUGGGACUGGAGCAUAAAUAUGCAAAGGCAAAUACGUUUUCUGUGCCGCAAAAAAUUUCACAUAACAUCGAUCUAUUAAAAACAGAAAAAGAGCAACCACUUAAUAGUAACAAAGCUGCACGGUCUGACCCUUUAUUUAAAAAAGAUGGUGAAAAUACUGUAAACAAAAAUGCAACGAACAAUGAAAACAUUCCGAUAAUUGCGGACACACGUAUGCCUGAUACUGUUGAUUUGGCUGACCUUCUUGGCACCAAUUGGCCGAAAAAUGCUGGCGAUGCAGCUAUGAUUUUAAAUAGAAGCCAUACAAACAUGGAAUCUUCUAAAAUGGAAGAAGAGUUGGGCGAGUUCGAUUUGGUAUCCGCCAGCGAUCGUAUUUUGCCUACAGUUCCAAAUGAAUCAACUUUAACAGCACCUUUUACAUCCACAAACCAUUCUAAUGUUUGUGCACCGAAAACCCAAGACUUUAUUGAAGUUUCUGGUAUGAAACUUACAGUGGGCUCCCUUGUGGAGGUGUCUAACUUGGAUUAUUCUUCUGAUUUAUACGGCGUCAUAAGAUGGAUUGGAGUCCCUCCUGGAUUGACUAAUGUAUUGGUUGGCGUUGAACUUGAAGAUGAUUCCGAUUUAAAAAAUGUACCUGUGACUGAUGGAAGUUUUAAUGGAUUUCGAUUAUUUCAGUGUCAUGGUGAGCGUGCUAUUUUCGUAAGUCCUAACAAAUGUUCAACUGACCGUCGGUUUAUUGAUGCGGACGGUGUGGUACCUGGAAGCAAGGGUGGAAUAAAUGGCGAUGCAGGGUUGUUUGGACAUGUUGACUGCCCUUCAAUUGUAGGAGCCGUAGCCCCAUUAAGUACCCAUAAUUUUAAAGAGCUUCAAGAUAUAUGCGGAAAGUUUAAAGGCAUACAAGGACACCAUAACUCCUGCUAUUUAGAUGCAACUUUAUUUUCAAUGUUUACUUUUACAAGUGUCUUUGAUUCUCUUUUAUACAGAUGCCAAAAUGACAUGGAUAUUUCUAACUAUGAACAAGUUCAAACGGUGUUGCGGGAAGAAAUCGUGAAUCCUUUACGAAAAAAUGGAUUUGUUCGAGCAGACCGCGUUAUGAAACUUCGCAAGCUAUUGGACCAACUUAGCUCAGUAAGUGGAUUAACAACAGAAGAAAAGGAUCCAGAAGAGUUUUUGAAUAGUUUAUUGGCUCAAAUCAUGCGGGUUGAGCCAUUUUUAAAGCUUAGCUCUGGACAAGAUUCGUAUUUUUAUCAGCUUUUUGUGGAAAAAGAUGAAACCCUAACCUUCCCAACAGUGCAGCAAUUGUUCGAGCAAAGUUUUUUUUCCUCGGAUAUAAAGUUAAAGGAAGUUCCAUCAUGUCUUAUUAUUCAAAUGCCCCGAUUCGGCAAAAACUAUAAAAUGUAUCCCCGAAUCCUACCAUCCCAAAUUUUGGACGUCACGGAUAUAAUUGAAGAUUCGCCUCGUCAGUGCUCUGUUUGCGGAAAGCUAGCCGGGUUUGAAUGCCAUGACUGCUUUCAGAGCUUGCAUGGCGAAAACGGCCUUGAAUGCACAGCGUUUUGCGAAAAAUGCUUGGACACUGUACAUAUGCAUGAGAAAAGAACCAAUCACUGUACCAAAAAAAUUGCGGUCCCACGAGACUUUAAGGCUAUGGCCGACCAUAUGGUUAUCCCAAGACUUUACAUGGAACUAUUCGCAGUGGUUUGCAUAGAAACAUCCCACUAUGUUACAUUUGUGAAAGCUGGUUCAGGACCAGAUGCACCAUGGUGUUUUUUUGAUUCAAUGGCUGACAGAAAAGGUGAACGUAACGGCUACAACAUACCUGAAAUGAUACCUGUCCGGGAAGUUCCUCAAUGGUUAUCUGACGAAGGAGCUCGGGCUGUCAAUGAAUCAUCAACGAAUGACAAAGUUCUACCUGAACAUGCAAAGCGUCUUUUUUGUGAUGCAUACAUGUGUAUGUACCAAAGUACGGACGUUAUGAUGUAUCACUAACGUUCUGGUUUUUAUAAUGUUAUUUAAGGUACAAUUUUUAAGCAAUAAACAAUGGUAUAACAGUGAUUAAAAAAUCGAAAAUCCAA